AUAAGUCUUUACUCUUUAUUUUUUUUCUUUGUUAUUAUGAUAUUGUUUUUUUAACUUUACCUUAUUCUACUGCAAAAAGUUAUAAAAUAUAAGAAUAACUGCAAAAUAGAUAAGGUAUAAUAGUUUUAAUAGAGGUUAUUAUGGAUCAAUUUCAAACGAAUACCAAUAGAGAUAGUUUACAUCAAGCGUUUCUUUUUCAACCUGUUACUAAAAGUUUAUCUAGUUCAAGUACAAAAAUUAUUUCGGAUAUUCCGGCUAGUUCGACGUCGCAGCUAAGAAUUGAGAAAAAAGGCACUAAUGCUUGGAGAGAAAAUGGCGAAUACAAAGUUGAAGUUCCCUUUCAACUGUUCGCUUCUGGAUCUAUACCCAAUCAUUCAGUUAAUCAGGACAACUUACAACAGAAUCAAUUGCAAAGUAUCAAUUUGCAGAAUAGCAUCAAUGGGCAAAAUUUUCGGCCAAUCUCAUCAAGGGAUUCAACAAACAGACAAUCACAGCAAUAUGGGUCGAAUGUUGUAUAUGUUACAAGUUCGAACGAGCUAAAUCGACUUCCAGCAAAUGAGAGUGAAAAUAUUCACGAGAGAAAUGUUCAUAUUACUGAAAUGAAUAAAGGAGCACCUCACGCCUACACUGGUAUACCACCAACAAUUGAAAUGCAUAUAAAUCAAAAAUUACGGGUUAAUUGUCCAAAUAACAUAGAAAGUACAAGCAAAUUUAAUACGGUAAACAGCAGUAAUUUUAAUAGCAGCAAUGAAAUGAAAAGUGGAAAAAUUGUUAAAAAUGUUCAAAUAAAUGAACCAAUAAUGGUAAAUCGCAAUAUGAAUUUAACUGAAAGUUUUGGAAGUCAGAAUAGCUCCUUUAGAAAGUUUGAUAACUCUCAAACUAAAACGGAAACUAUCACAAAGAAUAUACGAAUAAAUAAGAAACCUUCAAUGAAGAAGAAUACUAAGAUUAUCGUCAAAAGAAGGUCUAGCGAUGUUGUAGAUUUCGUAAAUUCUUCUACUGAAGACAGAGAAAAUUCUGAAUAUAAUUUAAGCGAUAAUUGGAAUUCCUUUCUUCCAAAAGCUAGUCCUAUCAACCCAUCGAAUACUGAAAGGCAAGAGAUUCUAAGACUUUUAUACGGUGCUCCGUCGACUAGUAUAAAGCAGUCUAUUAACGUCGAGAGGGAAGAAGAAGAGAUAACUGGUUCCGUAUCUUCGUUCGAUCCCUUAUUGAAUUUUGAUACUGUUUCUGAAAAGGUAGAUUUAUGCUUUGAAAACGGUAUAGCAAAAUUACAGGUUAAAGUUCGAUGUGAAAGAGUCGUUCCGAUAGAGGGAAGUGAAAACCUUUUUAAGAAAUCAUCUGUAAUUGUAACGAGACUCAUUGAUAUUGAUUUAGAAGUUACUCCAGAAAGGAGGAAACUACUUGAAACGGUAAUGAGAACUUCUCAUAGAGAGGGAGGUGGUAGAGUAACAUUGUCAACAACAGAUACUUUCAAGCUCUACCGAACGUUCAUGGGAAUGGCCGAAGAGGGUGAAGAGAUAAGAAAACAAACAAUUGCCGUAGACGAAAAAGUCGACGAGGGAAUAAGACCAAAAGAAAUAGAUAAAGAUAUAGAUUUAGAAUCGAUAUAUAGCGAAGAAGACGACUAUUACCAAGCUACAUUAAACGAACAAAGUAUAGAAGCAGAUAUUCUUUAUUAGAAAAGCUCUUUAGAAGAUUGUUUUGUAAUUAGUUUAAUUAGUAAAUAAAUAAACAAAAAACGA